GCUACCGUAAUGAUUGUAGUUGCUCCCAGGGGGCGGGGCCUGAAACUGAAAGGCAUGCCGGGAUAGCUGUCAUGGCGCGGUGUUUGGAAGGUUUUGUUGCGGGGUGUUAGCAGCGUUAGUAGCCGUGGGUCGCGAUGCAGCGCCCGGUGUCCACUCUGUGUCUGAGUCCCGGGGCGAAGGCGAAACUGGUCCGCGCCGGUUUCCAGUUCACAGCCGAUCUGCUGCACCUCGACCAGCUCCAGCUCAGCACAGAGGCGGGUCUGACCCAGCAGGAGGCGCUGGAGGUGCUGCAGAUUGUGAGGAGCGAGGGAGGAAGAGGAAGAGGAGGAGGAGGAGGAGGAGGAGGAGGAGGCGUGGCCUCGCUAACGGCUCUGGAGCUCCUGCAGAAGGAGGAGCAGCUAAAGAGCAUCGUGACGUUCUCCUCUGAGCUGGACGCUGCUCUAGGAGGAGGAUUAGCAGCUGGAAGGACGACGGAAAUCUGUGGAGCUCCAGGAGUCGGAAAAACACAACUGUGUCUCCAGCUGGCCGUGGACGUCCAGGUCCCUCAGUGCUUCGGGGGGGUCGAGGGACAGGCGGUCUACGUGGACACCGAGGGCGGCUUCGUCCUCCAGAGACUCGUGGACGUUGCCACCGCCGCCGUCAGACACUGCUCCCUACUGGCAGAGGACGCCGAGCAGAGGGACGCCAUGGCAACCUUCACCGUGGAGACCGUCCUGUCCAACAUCUUCCUGGUGCGUUGCCGUGACUACGAGGAGCUUCUGUCUGAGCUCCUCCUCCUUCCAGACUUCCUGUCCCAGCAUCCGAGGGUCCGCCUCCUGGUGAUUGACAGCGUGGCGUUCCCGUUCCGCCUUCUGUUUGACGAGCUGUCUCUGAGGACACGCCUCCUCAACCGUCUGGCCCUGCAGCUCAACGCCAUGGCAACCAGCCACCACGUUGCCGUGGUGAUCACCAACCAGAUGACCACGAGGCUGCGGGGGGGCGGCCAAUCACAGCUGGUCCCUGCCCUCGGUGACGGCUGGGGACACGCCCCCAACAUUAGGCUCCUCCUACGGUGGGAAGGGUCACGGCGACUGGCGGCCAUCUUGAAAUCGCCAAGUCACACGGAGGCCACCGUCCAAUACCAGAUCACCUCUGACGGGUUCAGAGAUGUCGACCAGUCGGAGCAGCCGCAGAGCAAACGGCCAAGAACUGAAACAGAGAGCCAGCAGCUGAUUGGUCAGAGACCGUCGGCCAAUCAGAACUCAGAGAGCCAGCAGCUGAUUGGUCAGAGACCGUCGGCCAAUCAGAGGACGAGCUGUGUUCAUGUUCACGUAUUUAAAUAAAGUCAAGCUUUGUUUCCAGAA